GCAGCGGAGCUGUCAGCAGGCGCACUGACAGGGGCGUGCGAGCGCGGAGCCCAGGGAGCGCACCCUCCUCGCAGCCGGGGAACCGGAGCUGCCGCCCCACCCGGGGAGGCUGCCUUCCUGUCCGCCGGCCGACCACCGCGGGACGGAGAUGCUGCUGCUUGCCCUGCUGCAGGAGCGGGGCGGGGGCCGGGGGCGGCCGGCGGGGAUGCCCCGCCGCGGGCGCGCGCCGCCCUGGAGCCUCGCCUGGAUUUGCUGCUGGGUUUUCGCCGGCUGUCAGGCGGCCUGGGCUGGGGACUUGCCCUCCUCCUCCUCCUCCUCCUCCAGCCGCCCGCUUCCUCCUUGCCAGGAGAAAGAUUACCACUUUGAAUAUACGGAAUGUGAUAGCAGUGGCUCCAGGUGGAGAGUUGCCAUUCCCAAUUCUGCAGUGGACUGUUCCGGCCUGCCUGACCCAGUGAGGGGCAAAGAAUGCACUUUUUCCUGCGCUUCUGGAGAGUAUCUAGAGAUGAAGAACCAGGUAUGCAGUAAGUGUGCUGAAGGCACCUACUCCUUGGGCAGUGGCAUCAAAUUUGAUGAAUGGGAUGAAUUGCCAGCAGGAUUUUCCAACGUUGCAACAUUCAUGGACACUGUGGUGGGCCCUUCUGACAACAGGCCAGACGGCUGUAACAACUCUUCUUGGAUCCCUCGUGGAAACUACAUAGAGUCUAAUCGUGAUGACUGUACGGUGUCUCUAAUCUAUGCUGUGCACCUUAAGAAGUCAGGCUAUGUCUUCUUUGAGUACCAGUAUGUCGACAACAACAUCUUCUUUGAAUUCUUCAUUCAAAAUGAUCAGUGCCAGGAGAUGGAUACCACCACAGACAAGUGGGUAAAACUCACUGACAAUGGAGAAUGGGGCUCUCAUUCUGUAAUGCUGAAAUCAGGCACAAACAUACUGUACUGGAGAACAACAGGCAUCCUUAUGGGCUCUAAGGCUGUCAAGCCUGUCUUGGUGAAAAAUAUCACAAUUGAAGGUGUGGCUUACACUUCAGAAUGUUUUCCAUGUAAGCCAGGGACAUUCAGCAACAGGCCAGGUUCAUUCAACUGCCAGGUGUGUCCCAGAAACACCUAUUCUGAGAAAGGGGCCAAAGAAUGCAUAAGGUGUAAAGAGGAUGCCCAGUUUUCAGAGGAAGGAUCCAGUGAGUGCACGGAGCGCCCACCCUGUACCACAAAAGACUAUUUCCAGAUCCAUACUCCAUGUGAUGAAGAUGGAAAGACGCAGAUAAUGUACAAGUGGAUAGAACCCAAAAUCUGCAGGGAAGAUCUCACCGAUGCUAUUAGAUUGCCCCGUUCUGGAGAGAAGAAAGAUUGUCCACCUUGCAACCCUGGAUUUUAUAACAAUGGUUCAUCUUCAUGUCAACCCUGCCCUCCUGGGACCUUUUCAGAUGGAACAAAGGAAUGUAGACCAUGUCCAGCGGGAACGGAGCCGGCACUUGGGUUUGAAUAUAAAUGGUGGAAUGUCCUUCCUGGCAACAUGAAAACUUCCUGUUUCAAUGUUGGGAAUUCCAAGUGUGACGGAAUGAAUGGUUGGGAGGUGGCUGGAGAUCAUAUCCAGAGUGGAGCUGGAGGUUCUGAUAAUGAUUACCUGAUCUUAAACUUGCAUAUUCCAGGAUUUAAACCACCAACAUCUAUGACUGGAGCCACAGGUUCUGAACUAGGAAGAAUAACCUUUGUCUUUGAGACCCUCUGUUCAGCCGACUGUGUCCUUUACUUCAUGGUGGAUAUUAAUAGAAAAAGUACCAAUGUGGUGGAAUCAUGGGGUGGAACCAAAGAAAAACAAGCAUACACCCACAUCAUCUUCAAGAAUGCCACAUUUACAUUUACAUGGGCAUUCCAGAGAACUAAUCAAGGUCAAGAUAAUAGACGGUUCAUCAAUGACAUGGUGAAGAUCUAUUCUAUCAUAGCCACUAAUGCAGUUGAUGGGGUGGCGUCUUCAUGCCGUGCCUGUGCCCUUGGUUCUGAACAGUCGGGCUCAUCGUGUGUCCCCUGCCCCCCAGGCCACUACAUUGAGAAAGAAACCAACCAGUGCAAGGAGUGUCCACCUGACACCUACCUGUCCAUACAUCAGGUCUAUGGCAAGGAGGCUUGUAUUCCCUGUGGGCCUGGGAGUAAAAGCACUCAGGAUCACUCAGUUUGCUAUAGCGACUGCUUUUUCUACCAUGAAAAAGAAAAUCAGAGUUUGCAUUAUGACUUCAGCAACCUCAGCAGCGUGGGUUCCUUAAUGAAUGGGCCCAGCUUCACCUCCAAAGGAACAAAAUAUUUCCAUUUCUUCAAUAUCAGUUUAUGUGGGCAUGAGGGGAAGAAGAUGGCUCUCUGUACUAAUAACAUAUCGGAUUUUACAGUAAAGGAAAUGGUGGCAGGAUCAGAUGAUUACACCAACUUGGUAGGGGCUUUUGUGUGCCAGUCAACAAUUAUCCCUUCUGAAAGUAAGGGUUUCCGAGCAGCCUUGUCAUCCCAGUCCAUCAUUCUGGCAGACACAUUUUUAGGCGUAACAGUUGAAACCACAUUGCAAAACAUUAAUAUAAAAGAAGACAUGUUCCCAGUUUCACCAAGCCAAAUACCAGAUGUGCAUUUCUUUUAUAAGUCUUCCACAACUACAACAUCCUGUAUUAAUGGCCGAUCAACUGCUGUGAAAAUGAGGUGUAAUCCUACUAAACCUGGAGCGGGCAUGAUUUCAGUCCCCAGCAAAUGCCCAGCAGGCACCUGUGAUGGAUGUGCAUUCUAUUUCUUAUGGGAGAGUGCUGAAGCUUGCCCUCUGUGCACCGAGCAUGACUUCCAUGAGAUUGAGGGAGCCUGCAAACGAGGAUUUCAGGAAACCUUAUAUGUCUGGAAUGAACCUAAAUGGUGCAUUAAAGGAAUUUCUUUGCCUGAGAAAAAGCUGUCUACCUGUGAAACAGUUGACUUUUGGCUAAAAGUAGGAGCAGGCGUGGGAGCUUUCACAGCCGUUUUGCUGGUGGCUCUAACAUGCUACUUCUGGAAGAAGAAUCAAAAACUGGAGUACAAAUAUUCCAAAUUAGUAAUGACAACUAACUCAAAAGAGUGUGAACUCCCGGCUGCAGACAGUUGUGCUAUAAUGGAAGGAGAAGAUAAUGAAGAGGAAGUUGUAUAUUCAAAUAAACAGUCUCUACUGGGAAAACUCAAAUCUUUGGCAACAAAGGAAAAAGAAGACCAUUUUGAAUCUGUUCAAUUGAAAUCCUCAAGAUCACCCAAUAUAUGAAGAGACAGUGCUGUAGCCUUCAGACUAAUGAACAAAGAAACCGGCUCUGUGGGUUUACAGGACCCUAUGUUAGGGUGUGUCUUCACACCUGUCAUGUUGGUUGUCUCACAGAGGAAAGCCUUGGCACUGAAAUGAGAAAGAGGUUGAAACGUUUGAUUGCCUUAUCACAUGGUCAAGUACCUUGCCAAACAAAGGAAAGCAAAUGAUUUGGGUCUCAACUGAAGAUGAAACUUAACUCAGGAAGAGAUUUAUCUGUAUAUACACAUAACUGAAAACCAAGUUUAAGCCCACCAGUGCACUACUGAUGCAUGCCAUAUAAUUAUUGGGUAAUUUUUAUUCUUUAUAAUGUCUACAUAAAAAGUGUGCUUUGGAGGGCAGAUGUGAGCAUAAGCCUUGUGAUCUUGUUUAUGUCUUGUCUUUGUUUAUGUUUGGGGGAAGAUUUGAAAAAAAUUUAAAGGUAUAAUUAUUUUUCCCAUUAUUUAUUUUCUCAACAGACCUUAAACAUCUUUUCUAUUAAAAAAUGGUGAGCAAUGAAAGACAAUAAAUUUUUCUUUUUACAUAGGGCAUUUUUACUUGGUUUCCAAAGCUUAUGUUAUCAGUAAUAUUUUAGAAAGAAUUAGCAUGUAUUUGGGUUAUUUAAACCUAUAAUUGCCUUUGAAAUUCCAUCCUUGUUGGAAUUGGUAAGAAGAGCUUGAGUGGAAGUUUGAAGGAAUAUUAAAAAAAAAAAAAAACAGCUGGGGGUAAGAAAGCUUUGACUUUCCAUUAAUGCAAAUAAGCAGGUAUUAUCAUAAAAGUCAAAUGGUUUAAAACAGUUUGUUGGUGCCUGAAGAAUAAAUAAGUGGGAAAACUUGUUAUUAAAUUAGUUGCACAAUCAUGAAGAAGAAAGGGCUUCUUCUUCUUAAGUCCAAAUAACGGUACAGAGGUAUUGGGAUAAUUUCACAGUCUCCAGAAAAUGUUAGUGGGACAUUUCCUUCAUGUAAAAGCACCAGCAGUUUGAUUAUUUUUCUGCUGCAAGACUUUGAGGAUUAUGACUUUUUGGAAGCAUCUUAUCCCCACCCCCACCCCCCGCUAAGCCAAUAGACAGGAAUUCAAUUUUGGAAACGCAUAUAUUGUAUUCAUGAUAAGAAUGUGAUUGUACUAUAAACAGUUAUGAAAUAAGUAGUGUUCUUAUUCAAAACUGAUCCAGAAAUUUGUGAUAUUUAUUAUGAUGGAUUACUAGUCUUAGCACAACUUGGACAUUAUUUGUUGAAAGAAGUUUGAAGAUAGAUUUAACCAAUUUUGUGUAAACUUUGUUUGGGAACUGAGAAACAAGGGGGUUCACUGGCAAUUGAUGAUCUAAGGUGCUCUGGUUUGUUUCCAAUAAACAGUUAUCUUUACAGACCUUAAUCCAGAUUUUUAAAAAAGAUCCGUGUUGGCUAAAGGAGGCAGGGCAUAGGUAUAAGGUUUUGUCCCAGACAUUUCUUCAAUGAAGUAUGAGUUGUAACACUUGAUAUUGCAGACAGUCUCGGCAUCUUUGCGAAAAAAUGGGAGAAAAUGAAUAAUUGUGUAUUUGACUGGUGGAUAAAACACUAGACCAUUUGCUUUCAUUAAAUGAAUUUUUUGUUUUGUGUACAGCUCUGCUGUUGUGUAUAGGUGUAGAGGAAGUCGCCAUUGUUUUAUUGUUCAUUGUGGGAUUCAAGAGGGUGUCACAGUGCAUAAAACUUUUUCACUUAAUUUCUUGAGUCUUUAUAUAAAGAAGAAAUCAUUUUGGCAUUACUCAUUUUUAUCCCACUAACAGACUAUUGGUAUGCCUUCCCCCAUCUUGACAAAAUUUAACCAGAAGAAUGAAAAUACACUUGAAAUGCACCCUUUCAGAGGAACCCUGAUAAAGUUGUACAGACUGGACAGACUCAGAAAGUUUCCGCAGUCACCAGUCACCUCUCUCUUCAUCUUCUGCUGUGCUCAACAUGUAUGUUUCAAGCCAUAGAGAUAAUUGGGAUUUGCUCCCAGGUAGCUUCUUUCUUCUCUUGUCACUGGACUAAAAUCUCUGACAUGUCAAAAAUGCCUUAAAUUUUUAAUGAACUCUCUGAAAAUGUAGUUGAUAUUAAAGAAUUUAUUUAUUUUAUUUCUAAUUUUAGAUACUAAAUAGAUUUUGUCAGCUCAGUCCCAACUUUGGAAAGAGCUGCCUAUUUCCUUUGGAUUCCAGUGGCUUGUCAUUUUAUUUGAAGAGCUGAAGAAAUAUGACAGAAUAUUAUGAGAAAAAUAUUCAGACCAAUUCUGGUUAUAAAAUUCACUUUAUAGCUGGCCUUUGCAAAGCUCAGUGAAAUGUUGAAAGGCAUAAACAAAUUAAUUAUGUUUUUGUGACUUAAUUGACAUUUGUUGUUCCUUUCCCCCUAAGUGGUAGAAAAAGAUGUUAUUUGUUAUUUUCCAAAAGGCCCAGUUUUGAGGCCUUAAAUACUUCAUUAAAUCAACUGUCGCCUAUAACAUCUCUUAGCACUCUGUGAAAACUAUUUAAAUCAAUUUUACACUGGAUGAGAACAUGUCUUCUAUGGAUAAAUUAUAUCAUGCCAUUUAAUGAUGUUGAGCAAUUUGAUAUGUGUUCAUUUGAUUUAAAAGACUGACUUUUAUUAUUAUUGAUUUCCCCCCCUUUGGUUACUAAUAAUCAAAUCCUUCCUAGGAUUAAAAAUAUUUCAUAUUA